AUUUUAUGUAAGCUGUCUUGUGAUACAAUAUAAAUCUUUCUAUGACUGCCAUAGGAGACUGGCAGAUUAAAAGGCAGAACUGAUGUUCAUCUGCAUUUUUCUUAGGAAUCUAACUAUAUAGCCCAAACAAUGCCCAAUGAAGAUAAAAUGGAGUGUCCUGCAAAUGUUGUGAAGCGAUGCAAAUUGGCCAUCCUUGAUGGGGUGCCGUUAAUGGAUAUGAUGCAGAAGAACUGGGAACAAGUGAAGUUAUUCCAAGCUCUUCCCAAUGAUUUGCUUGUUGCAUCCUACCCCAAAGCAGGUACGACGUGGCUACUGGAGACUGUGGACAUGAUCCUAAACGAUGGGGAUAUAGAGAAGUGUCAGCGAGCCCCUAUAUAUGACCGAAUUCCUUUCCUAGAGGAGGCUGGAUCAGCAUCAUUUCCAACAGGCCUUGAGCAGAUUGCUAAGAUGACACCUCCCAGAAUAAUAAAGACUCAUCUCCCUUUCCACGUGGUUCCUAAAUCUUUCUGGGAACAGGGCUGUAAGGCCAUCUACAUUGCUAGAAACAUGAAAGACAACCUUGUUUCCUACUAUCAUUUUCAUCGUAUGUGCAGGGAAAUGCCUGAACCUGGGACCUGGGAAGAGUUCUUCAUGAAGUUUCUGAAUGGAGAAGUUGUAUGGGGCUCCUGGGACGAACAUGUGAUAGGCUGGUGGGAAGAGAGAAGCAGUCACAGAAUCCUGUAUCUCUUCUAUGAAGACAUGAAAGAGGACCCAAAGCGUGAAAUCAUUAAGGUGAUGCAGUUCCUUGGAAAGGAGUUGCCAGAAAGAAUCAUGGACAAGAUCAUUCAUCACACUUCCUUUGAUGUGAUGAAGGAAAACCCCAUGACCAACCAUAGUACUCUGCCAAAUUGCAUCCUUGACAACAGUGUGUCAUCAUUCAUGAGAAAAGGAAUUGUUGGAGACUGGAAGAAUCACCUCACCGUGGCUCAGAAUGAAGUCUGUGACAAACAGUACAGCAGCAAAAUGGCUGACAGCACACUUCAGUUUCGCUUCAUACUCUGAAGGCGCUUCUGUCACAUCCCAGUGUUUACUUCCUCUCCUAUCAUUGUCUAGAGAAGUAUGAAGAGAGGCCCAUAACAACACGUUGCAAUAUAUAUAUGUAUAUAUAUAUAU